GGGUUGUAUCUCUUGGCAUCUCUCUCUCUCUCCACCCCUGUCUCUUUACGGGACUGCCAGCCCGUCCGGUGGUAUUCCAGGAAUGCGUUGAACAUGGCGUCUGCCGUGAACGCUCAGAAAACAGGACUGUUAGAACUUCGUAUUACCGUAGACCGCUGGAUCCGCGUAGUAGCAACCCUGAGCGAGGAAACGUUGACGGUAAGCCAUGGGGAAGUCGCCGAUGAAGCCGUUAAAACCUCUCCGGCACCCAGCGGGGCAGUUAACGGGGACCCGGCCAACCUUAGCUCUUCCCCCGUCCCGGAGACGAUCACCAACGUGAAGCGCACGGUCCGAGUAACCAAGCAAGACGUCGGGGGUCUUGGAAUUAGUAUUAAAGGUGGUAAGGAGAAUAACAUGCCAAUCUUAAUCUCCAAGAUCUUCAAAGGACUCGCCGCUGACCAGACCGAAGCUCUCUACGUGGGUGAUGCCAUUUUGUCGGUCAACGGGUGUGAUCUUCGAGAAGCCACUCACGACGAAGCCGUUCAAGCCCUGAAGAAAACGGGCAAAGAGGUCCUACUGGAGGUGAAGUACACGAAGGAGAUGUCUGUGUUUUUUAAGAGCGCCUAUCCAGGUGUUGCUCCUGUCUUGGACUCUCCGCCCCCUACACCACAGAAGCAGUCAGACAAAACUCUCAAGGAGCCCAGAACCAUCCCACUCAAAAUGUGCCAUGUCACCCGCAAGCAGUGUCCGCCAGACACAGAGGACAGGUAUUUUGAGGUCGUGUCAUCAGACAGGAAGAAGUCUGUGUUUCUGCGAGCGAAGGACCCAGCCAUGGCACAGGCGUGGUACAAUGCGAUCCAAGCAGGCAGUGCUGCGUUGCUGUCCAUGGUGAAGGACGGUCUCCGGGCCCUGCAGCCCGGUAUGGACAUCCGACACGUUGGCUGGAUCAUAGAGCAGGGGUCAGAGAGGCCGAUCAUUGCAGUGCUGACUGACCGAGAUCUGUUAUUGUACAGCUCUCUACCUGAAACCAAAGAAAGCCUUAAAAACCCUGACAAGAGCUAUCCACUUAUUACCACCAGACUCGUUCACUCAGGGCCUGGGAAGGGUUCGUCAGUGCAGGACUCGGAGCUGACGUUCGGCCUGCGCUUGGGCACGAAGCAAGGCGUGGAGACGCACCUGUUCCGCGUGGAUACAGCCAAAGACCUGUCCACCUGGAGCCACCUGCUGGUCGAGGGCUGUCACAAUGCUGCUGAGCUCAUCCAGGAAGUCACCACAGCGUGCACUUGGAACGGACAGUCGUGCAUGCUGAGUGUGCACAUAGACAACGGCUUCUCGCUUUUCACCGAGGAGGCGGGGCUCCGGAGACACAUCCUCCUACAGCAGCCAUUCGAGCGCCUGCGCAUGUCCUCUGACGACGGCGUGCGCAUGAUCUUCCUCGACUUCGGAGGCCCGGAGGCCGAGAUCCAACUGGACCUCCAUGCCUGUCCAAAGACCAUCGUCUUCAUCAUCCACUCCUUCCUCUCAGCCAAGGUGAAGCGGCUGGGCCUGCUGGCAUGACCUGUGAUGACCCAAGUCCAGCCCGCACGGCUGCACCACGCCUCAGCCUGAUGCCACAGAGAAGGAAUCCAUGGGAAUGGGAGGUGGUCAAGACAGAAUGGGCGGGGUCACAGGGUGGAAUCCUGGCACUGUCAGCCAAACAAACAAUCUAAAGGAUGCAAUGAAUACUUUUUUGAUCACAUUUUAUAUGUAGAACUGUUUUUUUUGUUUUUUUUUUCAGAGAACAUACAUAUGCCUUAUCAGUCUGUAAACAAUACUGAAGACUAAAAGAUUGAAAAUUGAACCAUUAUGAGAACUGGAUGAGAGAUAUUGGCAGAAAAAAAACAGGCUAAUAGUCCUAGGAACACUUCAACCAAAACUGGACGCAGGGCUAAAAUUGAAUGGAAACCAGAGGAAACCAAUCAGAAUGAUCCAAUUUGCCAGUGGAAACCAAUUGCAGUGAUCCAAUUUGCAUAAUGCCCACCUGGGCCCCACAAGCUUCAGCUCAGUGUUAAGUUCUAUUAGCAUUUCAGAGUAAGACGUACCUUUAAUGUGCCUCUCUCUGAAUGAUCUGCUGCUAUAUAGGGAAUAAUAUGGGGCUGACUUUGAGAGUUUCUAGUUCCAUAUUACUGCACAGUACAACUUGCUUGCCUUGUCAUGAGUAAGACUCAGACAUAAGUUAAGAUUUACUGUACUGAUGUUUGGCACCAAACAGCGCGAGGCUCCCUCCGAUGUCAAUCCGAUGUCAUUUUCUGUCCUGAUGGCAAAAAAAAAGAAGAGCUCUAGCCUUCACGAAGGCUUCACUUAGGCAGGCCAUCAAAUCUGAUUCUGACAUGUCUAAUACUGUAUCCAAUCUUUUUUCUAUUCUGCGAACCACAUGCAUUAAUUGGACAUUUAAGCAAAUGAACAUCUACUGGCAGCUCAUGAAAACACAAAAUCAAAUCAGUUUAAGAAAAUAAUCCAAAAAAACCAUCAGAUUUGAGUAUUACAAUCUGGUUUCUAAAUGUAACCCUUCAGGAGCUCAUCUUUUCAAAUGUGACAGCUGAACUCAUGCAAGGCACCCCUCUCUAAGCAUGUCAUCCAUCCAGGAAGUAAUAGUACAUUUAGAAGUCACAUCUAAUAUUUACAUUUAGGAAUUACAUAAAAUGGAUCUAAUUUUACUGAAAAUGUCAAUAGCUAUUUAAGACAUAGAAUGAUAGUAAUGGAAAAACACCUAGCUCACCUAUUAACCAGCUGGGCUUUACUGAGCACAUAAAGCUGAUCUUUAGUUGCAAUAUAUAACAUCAUGUAGAAAAUCUCACUUAUACCAGGGAAUAUUUUCUGGAGUCCCCCACCCCCAGCAUUUGUUUAUUUACAUUUCUAGUGUCAAAAUAGUGGGAUUUUUUUAAGACCGCAGUUCAUUCAGCUGUAAUGAACCAUGCCUAUGAACUGUCAACUUCUGAUAGGAAUGGGUCCUGCAUUUUUCAAAUACGUGGACGUGUCCUUAGGGAAGCUGAGUUGGAGAAUGAGAACAAUAGGAAUGUGUUGUGUGGUAUUUACAAAACAACAGCAUACUGGGCCAAUGCAAUGCUCGAAUGUCAACUCCCAUAAAGGUUAGUAUGUUGAGAAUCAGGGGCAAACUUUGCCCUAUAACAAAUUUAGUCU